AUGCCGAACGUCCUCGCGGGCACGCCCAGCUCGAAGAGCCCCCACGCGGUCGUGGAUUGCAGGUCGAUCAACGGCGGGAAGCAGCUUGUCGUCGAAUUCGCGGAUAACACGCGUUACGAGAUGCACGCUUCUUGGCUGAAGGACUCCAAUCCGACCCGCGCGGGCAAGGACUUCUACCGCACGUGCGCGGAGGACGUGUGGAGCGUGAGGAAGUUCAGGAUCUCCAGCGUGGAGCACCAGGGCGGCGGCGAGCAGGUCUCCAUCAAGUACGAGCACGCCGAGACGGGCGCCGCCAAGCCCGAGGUCUUCCACUCGAGGUGGCUCCACGCGAUGGCGCCCUUCGUCGGCAGGGCGCUGCACCCCGAGGCGCCCCACGUGCCAGCCAUCCGGGAGACCGGGAACCUCAUGGACCACCUGAUGGACAGCCGCAAGCCUUGGGACGCCAAGGUCGACAUGCAAAAGUUCGACUCCAAGCUGCUGGAGACAGACGUUGAUGCGCAGGUGGAGUUCUACGACUGCAUGAUCAAGACGGGCGUCGCCAUGAUCACUGGGAUUGGCAAGCCGGACAGUCUGGAGUUCGAGCUCGGCGGCUUGCCGAUGGAGGCUCAUGUGAGGAAGAUCCUUGGCAAAUGCAAUCAGCAUCCUGUGCGGUCCACGAGGUACUCCUACAUCCGGAAAACGGAGAAGCCCCAGUCGGGCGACUACGACCAUUCCAACCCUCUGUGCAUGCACACCGACCACACUGUGUACCACGGCACCCCGGGCUUCUUCCAGUUCCUCUACCAGGCAGAGGGCGACGUGCGGAGCAAGGUGUGCGACGGCCUCGCCAUUGCCGAGUACGUGAAGGAGCACCACCCAGAGGCCUACGAGCUGCUGACCAAGGUCCACAUCACGCACAGCUCCCGCAACAAUCUGUACACCAGGGAGGGCCAGGCGAUCGACCCGACCGACCCCAACAGCAAGGGCGACGCGUUCGAGCUGGUCCACACGCACCCGAUCCUCGUCCUCGACGAGAAGGGGCGCCUGGACAAGGUGGUCCAGUCCGAGACCAAGCGCGGCGUCUGCGCGCUGCCCUACUCGGUGUACGAGCCCUUCAUGGAGGCGUACGUGCUGUGGUCCCAGUUGGUCGAAGACUCGCGCUUCGUCCACCACUUUGACUGGCCAGAGGGUACCAUGGUCGUGACGAACAACUGGCGCGUCCUCCACGGCCGCGCGGCCGUCCCGGCGGGGAUGUCGCGCGCGGUGGCCAUCGGGUACGUCAACAGGAACACGGUGGAGAACCGGUACCGGCUGCUCAAGCAGUACCAGGCCGAGAAGGCCGACCCGACGCUGGAUCACAGGUGGGUGACGCGGGUGCCCAACCAGGUUCUGGAAAAGAUGGUGCUGAGGCGUGCGCGGGCCUUGGAGCCCGCCGUGCAUGUUUUCCGCGCGGCGCCGCUGCUGGAGGCCCUGUCGCCCCGGGGCACGCCGCGCGCGGGCGUCAGCGGCUCCCUGCAGCGGCCGUCGGCGACGCCGCGCGCGGGCGCUGGCGGGCCCCUGCAGCGGCUGGCGGCCGCCACCUCGGCGGCCUGGCCGAGGCCGCGGACCGGCCGGCGAGAGCAGCAGGCGGACCCGGAAGGAGCUCCGGGCGAGCGGCUGCGAGACGGCCUGGCGUCGCUGAACCCCUUCAGCGGCGCUCCCGCGCGGCAACCGCUGGAAGACCACCUGCCGGAGCACCUGCGGCGCCUCCCCGCCGUGGUCGGCCUGCAGCGCUCGUGGGCUGUCCCGGCCAUCCGAUUUCCAGAACUCGACCUCGUGGACCCGCCGAUGCCGUCCGGUUAAACCGGAGGCCGGCGAGCGCCGCCCCCACGCGAGCGUGAUGCCAGCAGCCUUGCAAGACGUGCCUAGGAAUAUUCGGUACUUGUCGAGAUGAAGUCGCCACCGUCCGCAACGAAGUGACAUGAGCGAACGACGAUCUCACGGGUAUGUCUCGCAGGGCGUGUCCCCCCCUGUUCCGCUGCAAAACACACGCACGGGCCGCCGCCCUCGGCGCGUGCCGCUGCGCGCGACGCCGAGGCUACUCUCACCCGCUGCCUCGUCGAUCUUACUCCUUGUC